CUUGCCAAUCCCUCUCACUAAUAUUCCAAUUUGAGCUUGGUCAAGCUUGUCAAGUCUCAACAAUAGACCGCUAUGUCUUCCCAUGACAGUGACCCAUUCUAUCUCAGAUACUACACUGGCCAUUCAGGAAAACACGGCCAUGAAUUCUUGGAGUUUGAGUACUCCCAUGGUCGUCUUCGAUAUGCCAACAACUCGAAUUAUAGGAAUGACAGUUUGAUCCGGAAAGAAAUGUGGGUUGGGCCGUUAGUGGUCAAGGAGCUCAAGCGCAUUGUGGAAUCGAGCGAAAUCACAAAGGAAGACGAUACGAACUGGCCGAAAAAAAACAUCGUUGGAAAGCAAGAACUGGAGAUACGUGUGGGCAAUGACCACAUUGCUUUCGAGACUGCGAAAAUCGGGUCGCUUGUUGAUAUCCAAGACAGCGAGGAUCCUGAAGGACUUCGUGUAUUUUACUACCUUGUACAAGACUUGAAGUGUUUGAUAUUCUCCCUCAUUUCUCUUCACUUCAAGAUCAAGCCUAUCUAGCUACAUUCGUAUUUCUUGGGCCAGGUCCAAAUGGCGCACCAUCAUCACCACAAAUGUUACCUUUGUAUCACCCUAAAAUUCAGGCAACGCUGCUUAAAUCACUUUACGAACCUAUUCUCGAUGAACGGUCCUGUCUUCGGGACUGGCUGGCAUGGAUAGACUGUAUCUAGGCUCAGUGCGCCAGAACCACUAGACCUCCAUGCUUUGUCACUCUAGGCUGUUGUAUUAAUGCUCGCAACUGGCUACAAGUCGCAAAUUAGUUCUCCACCUCAAAUAUCUCCCAAUAGGCCAUGUAAGAGGGUAUUUGUGGC